UACGGGCCGUCCGGUCCGCGCAAGCGAGAGAUUAAUUACGUUUGCCAAUAUUCCCGAGGCUUCUCCGUACCCUCGGCUCGUUUAGACACGUAGAUGUCCCGAAUAGGUGGACCCGCGCGACCGUUUACCGCCGCCACUGACGUGUAGAUCGGCCUGGUCCCGGAGUGUCCUGUGCGUCGUCGUGCGGAGCGUGCAAGCGCCUUCAGGAUGGUGGACAACGCAAGCAGCGGAUCCAGCGACUCGUCGCCACAAAUUGAGAAGGGAUGGCCAGCCUUGAAGCAGCACAUUGUAGAUAAUAAGAUCAAAUUUGGAUUAUGGGUCACCAGAUUCUUCACUUUAAUAUUCACCAUUGGCUACAUUAUUCCUAUAUUUGGGAAUCCCUACAAUAUAUAUUAUAAAGUAUUAAUGAAUAACGCGGCGACUAGCGCAUUACGUCUGCAUCAAAGAGUGCCCCGCGUUCAGCUCACGAGACAAUUUUUGGAGACAUUGCUGUUGGAAGACUCGUGCCACUACCUGUUCUACUCCUUGAUAUUUUUGUAUGCGGCACCAGUUACACUGGUGCUUACACCAGUUUUUCUUUUUGCUCUGAUGCAUCUGGCUAGUUAUUCUCUCACAUUGCUAGACUGUCUAGGACAUAACAGCUGGUGGGGCGCUCGUCUGUUGAUAUCCCUGGUAGAAUUCCAAUCGCGGAAUAUCCUACGCCUGUGCGCUCUGUCGGAGAUCAUCAUCUUGCCAUUCACCGUUCUUCUAGUAUUCACGGGACGCGCUGGUUUGCUGACUCCUUUUGUCUAUUACCAGUUCUUGAAGCUGCGUCUUGCGUCGCAAAGAAAUCCGUUCACGCGUAACGUCUUUUACGAGCUCAGGAACGGCUUGAGCUCGGUGUCGAAGAAGCCGGCCGUACCGGACAUCGUUAGGCGGAUGAUCGAGGGUCUGCUUUCGUUGACCCAACAAAUGGCGCCAGUGCGUCAAUAAUAUCUUUCGAUAUUGAAUUCAAUUAUUUCUCGUAUCGUCUUAAAAAAGACAGAUCUCCUAGGGUUCUAGGGUCCACUCAGCGACACUUUCAUGAAUUAGUGUUAGCGCGAAGUGAGUGCCGACAUCAAAAUUCAUAGCGAAUGUUAUGUUACAUAAUCAUGAUUAUAUAAUUUGGAAUAUCUGUGAAAACAAAGCAUAUGAAACGCGUUUCUUGCAUUAACAAUUAUGCUCAGUUAUUAUUAAAUGUUAAAAAUUCGUAUAAAAUUUUUGGCUUAAACGGCAAUUUUGUAAUUCGACAUAUAGAUAUUCGAGUUCUGUUUUUCGUUUUCAAAUAUAAAGAUAACUGUGCACAUAUGUACUAACUUUAUAAUUUUUAAAUGUAAUUUUGAAGCCAUGAAUUUGUAACGAGUAGAUAUUAUGCAUAAUGGAGUUCACUGGUUAAUGGAGUUUAAUGUUGAUUAAAUUCUGGUUGUUUUUCUUUUUUAAUGGUUUCGCACAGUUUUGCGGUAUUAGGGAAUGUAAUAUAUUUAGUAUGUAAGUUAAAAAUUAUAUUCCGAAUUACACGGAAUGUAUGGUUGACACGUCAUCCUUUUGGGAUAAGCUCUGGAACAAGUUGUUUAAUUUAAUAUUAUAUGUUUGUUUUUGUCAAUUAUUAGUCUAGCGCAAUCUCGUCUAUCUUCUACCUGAUGUUUGGAUAUUUAUCAUGUUUAAAAGUAAUUCAGAAUGGUUUUAUAUAAAUGAAAAUAGUUAUCGGUAUACUGUAGCAAAACAUCUUGAAAUAUUAAUAAAUCUUUUUAAAUAAAA